CCGGCGACGCGCAGUGUUUGUGCUCCGAGCAGUCCCCCAGCGCCGCCAUGGCGAGCCCGAAGCAGCGUCGGCCAAGGUCGGCCCGGUGCCGCUCGCAGUCGCCGCCCGAGCAGCCGCUGCAGGUGAAGGUGGUGGGGCUCUUCAAAACCUCCAGCUUUCAGAUUGCGAAGAGCGCUGCUGAGACGCUGAAGAGUAAUUAUCCAUCCAAAUUUGAAGAUCCUAUAGUAGUUCCUCUUCAAGAAUUUGCAUGGGAUCAAUAUCUACAGGAGAAAAAAAGGGAACUCAAGAAUGAAAUCUGGGAAUAUUCUUCCUAUGUGAUGUGUUUUGUUAACGAUCAGCUCCUGGGUGAUGCAUUUGAUCUUCAGAAAUGGGCUCACAAGAUGUGGGAUGUAGUUGAUUUUAAGCCCCCUGAACUUUAUGAGGCACUUACUGUGGAUUAUUCUGCUAAAUUCUUAACAGACACCAAGCAUGCUUUUGUGUUCUUGGACAUUUCUAUUGAUUGUUAUCCAAUUGGAAGACUGGUUUUUGAGCUAUACUGUGAUGCAUGUCCCAAAACAUGUAGAAACUUUCAGAUCUUGUGCACAGGAAAAGCGGGGUAUUCUCAAAGUGGCAUCAGGCUACAUUACGUAGGUUCGAUUUUUCAUCGAGUAGUGCCAAAUGGUUGGAUCCAAGGAGGAGAUAUAGUAGAAGGAAAAGGAGAUGAUGGAGAGUCGAUUUAUGGACCAACAUUUGAAGAUGAAAACUUUUCAAUUCCUCAUAAUAAAAGGGGAGUUCUUGGAAUGGCCAACAAAGGCCGUCACAGCAACGGGUCACAAUUCUACAUCACACUACAACCAGCGCCCUAUCUAGAUAGAAAAUAUGUGGCUUUUGGGCAAUUGACUGAAGGAAUCGAAGUUCUUCAAAAACUAGAAUUGGUUCCAACAGAGAAUGAAAGACCAAAACAACGGUGUAUAAUUGUUGACAGUGGAGAUCUUUAUGCCUGAUUUUCAUAUCAAUAUUUUCUGACAACUUAUUACUAUGCAUCUGAUAAGCUGUUUCUAUAUUUAAACAGUACUUGAUAAAAUUUAAUUUGAAA